CCAGCAUUCAAGUUUUUCAAGAACGGUCAGCAAGUUUCGCAAUUGGUAGACGCAGGUAUUGAAGAAUUCAGAAAACUCAUUGCACAGCAUGUAGGAUCACCUGGUUUGAAUAUCCAGGGUGAAAAUGUGAAUAGUUAA